CCUGAUCUCGAGCAAUCUGCCCGCCUCAGCCUCCCAGAGUGCUAGGAUUACAGGCGUGAGCCACCGUGCCCAGCCAGCAUGGGAAGUCAUUUCCUGGGAAAUGGAUCCCAUUCUAUCUGCUGCCUCUGCCCUGUUCCUGAAGCCUCAUUUAGUAGGGCAGUCCCCUCUAAGGCUGUCCUACAUCCAAUGUUCUAGCCAGGCCAAGUGUGUGAGACAGGUAAGUCCAUUUUCCCCCUCAGGUCUUCAGUUGGUUACUUAACCACUGUUGUCCUCAAUCGCCUGUUUUGUAAAACAGAGGUCUAGUUUAGUUUUGUCUUUUUCUUUUUUUAAACACCCACAAAUAUUUGCAUUCAACCAGGGGAAAAAGGGUCAGAGGUCUGGCCAGCUGCCCCAUUCCUUUAAUGUUCCUUUAACGUUGCAGGGCCUGCCCCUAGAUACAGACCCUCCUCUUUGGGCCUCGUGAGCUUCUUUGCUUAUAUUUACCCCAAGUUUGACACAUUCCAUCUUGUGCCGCUUUGCCCCUUCAAGAUGCCAUUUGGAGGGUAGGGGAUCUGCUUCCCACUGUGACUGUGCUAUGGGAUUCUGACUACCUUGCUUACAGAUUCAUGGUUUGAUAAAUUUGUUGUAUUCAAAAACUUGAAAUGUAGGACGCCAUUAAGUGUCUGUUUAUAUUUUUGGAAUAUUUGUAUUACUUACAAUUAAUUAAUAAAAGUGGGUUUAAAAAACCUAUCCAGGAAUGAGAACUGCCUCCUGACUGUGCUGUUGUUCACUCGGGCACUUGGUGGGCACCACCCUUCUACUUUGGUCAGAUGAAGCCAUCGAACCCAGGCUGAGCAAGCUGUUGCACUCAGCUGGGGCACCAGCUGCAGAUUUGGCACCAGGCUUCUGCUCAAGGUUACACAAGUCUGGCUGUGUUCAACUCCAUUGCCAUCCAGGUAUUGCCAUCCAGGUGCUUAACAAGCAUAUGCUUGGUGUCCUAUUGACUUCUGGGCAUGAACUAGAAGCCCUAAGGGAAUUGGAGUCUUGAUUCUUCUGUGCCCCUCACUGAUUCUCCCAAACCAAGAACCCUGAAAUUCAGAGCCCAGCAUGGUUCUUGGCACAUAGUAGGCACUCAAAUAUUGAUUGGAUUGAUGUAUGACUAGUGGAGACCUCCAAUAAGCAAAACAGCAUGGCCUAAUAACUCUCCUGGCCCCUCUCCCAGACUUCCCCUCCCUCUGAGAAAUGCCCAGAAGCUUCUCAGAGAGGCUCUUGCAACCUGGACAUCCUAGGCACUCGGGGCUGCUCCAGCCUCUGCCUCCUGUCAUCAGUGUAAUGCAUCCAUAUCUACAAUAUGGCAAAUUUCAUAUCCUCCCACCCUCUUUCCUACAUUAUUGAUGGGCUGUGUACUUUUUAAAAAUCAAUUAGAUCAGGGCGUGGCACUGAAGUUAAAAGAGAAAAGAAGCCUUUAAAAGUCUGCUCUUGUUUUUGCUGUUUUGAAUAGGAACAGAUAAAGCUUUCCCUCUGGUUUGAAUAAGUCAAGCCCAGUGCGAGGGUGGCUGUGAUUGGCCAGGACUAGGAAAAUGCAGUUAAGAUGCAAACACAAGCAAAUAUAAUGCGGUGUCUGUACAGCCAUCACUAAGCUACGGCCGCAGGACCUGGAGCCUCCACUUUGGGGUGUUCUCGCAUACUGCUGCUGCUUCCUCACCAGGAAAAUUGGGAAGACUGGUGAGCAAGAAGGCAAGGUAAGGUCUCUGGUUUAGGGGGGUAUGUCAGUUGUUCAUUCUUACUGAAUGAAGAAAUGAAAGGAACAGAAGCUUGCAAUUCUCUUGGCUUUGUCUUCUGGGAUGAGGCUUUUAAAGGGUUGAACGAGGAAUCUGAACAGUUUCCAAACUUUCUGUUGAGAAGUAGAGAGAUUCUUCUUAGAGACAACUCAACAGAUAGGGCACAUUUUCAAAAGCUGGAAAAGAUAGAGCAGACCCCUUUCGCCUAUCUCUCCUUAAAGAUUAGGUGCAGGGCAAGGCAGAAGUUAAAACCAGCUCCUUCUGCUUGGCGUCCAUUUGUAAGGGCAUCUCUGUGAGAAUUAAAGGCCACUGGCUUUUACCUUGGAAUUUCAAAAGUGACCCACUCUAAGGGAUUCUGCAGUCCUCCCAAAGGAUACUGAAUAAAUUAGGACUUAGGGAUGAGAGAGAGAGAACCUGCUUUGGGGGACUUUGAUAUCAGAAUUAAGUUUUCUGGGUGUUCCAGUGUGGCAGGAAGGGACAUAUCUUCUGCAUUUGGGGUCCCUGGCUCAGUGAGCUUUCUCAAUUCCUGUGUUCCUGCUGGGAAAUAGGACAGCUUUCAGCCUCUGAGACUCACAGUCUUAAUUAAUGCCAGUUGGUUUGGCUUUUCCCAGGUUGACACUUCUACUAAUCUACCUCUAAGAAAUGAAUUCACUGGGCCUUGUCCCCUUCCCCUAGUUUAGCCAUGGCAUUUGCUUUUAACGACUGAAAUUUAGGGUCUGAAGAAAAACGGAACAAACAUUUCCUGGCAAUACUGAGCAGCAAAGGGUGGGGCAGUGCAAGUUAUCAAAUUAAAUCCUCAAACACUGGCCGCUCCCCGUCACUGCCCUGCUUUAGCCCUGCUAUAGCAGGAGACAAAGAGAAUUUGCUUUUUUGCCAAAGUCCAUACUAGAUAAUGGCCCAUUCUCCAAACCUGGCUUCAUCCAUCAAGGCUCAAGAAAAGAACGGUCAGACAUGCUCCUCUUAACAAGCACAAUAUGACCCCAAAUAGCAAAAAUCCAUUCAGUCCUUUCUGGGUGAUUUUUUUUUUUUUUUUUUUUUUACAUCCCUGUAAACCCAUCAAUCCCAUCCUUUUUCAUUUGCCUCUUGGGAGAAAUUAAUUCAGCAUUCAUUAGUUAUUCAUAUCAUCAGAUUGUAAGCUCCUUGAGAGCAGGAACCAGGCAGGCAUUUUAAUUAUAUGAAGCCUCUACAUGACCUUGGGUGUGUGUACAUGUUUAAUAACCCCAGUACUUGCCUUGAAUGCAGAUGGUGCACGAUCCACACGGACUUCUCAUUGCCACUUCUUCCCUCUCCCCACACUGCCUUUCUCAGUCCCGAAGGAACUGGAGACCUCUGAGUUCUCUGAAAGCGACUCAUCCACAGACGAGCUUGAGUCAGCUAGGAGUCCUGGGAAGACAAGCACCAUGUCUCUGAGCAGCGCCUUCAGGGCUGUGGGCAACGACCCUGGGAUCAUCACCUGGAGAAUCGAGAAAAUGGAGCUGGCACUGGUGCCCCUGAGCAGCCACGGCAACUUCUAUGAGGGGGACUGCUACGUCAUCCUCUCGACCCGGAGAGUGGGCAGCAGCCUCUCCCAGGACAUCCACUUCUGGAUCGGGAAGGACUCCUCCCAGGAUGAGCAGACCUGUGCGGCCAUCUACACCACCCAGCUGGACGACUACCUGGGAGGCAGCCCCGUGCAGCACCGAGAGGUCCAGUACCAUGAGUCUGACACCUUCCGAGGCUACUUUAAGCAAGGCAUCAUCUACAAGAAGGGGGGUGUGGCCUCUGGAAUGAAGCACGUGGAGACCAACACCUACGAUGUGAAGCGACUGCUACAUGUGAAGGGGAGGAGAAACAUCAGGGCUACUGAGGUGGAAAUGAGCUGGGACAGUUUCAACCGCGGUGAUGUCUUCUUGCUGGACCUUGGGAAGGUCAUCAUUCAGUGGAACGGCAGGGAGAGCACCAGCGGGGAGCGCCUGAAGGCUAUGCUUCUGGCAAAGGACAUUCGAGACAGGGAGCGAGGGGGCCGUGCUGAAAUAGGAGUGAUCGAGGGCGACAAGGAGGCAGAGAGCCCCGGGCUGAUGAAAGUCCUUCAGGAUACCCUUGGCCGACGUUCCAUCAUCAAGCCUGCAGUCCCUGAUGAGAUCAUAGAUCAACAGCAGAAAUCAAAUGUCACGUUGUAUCAUGUCUCAGACUCAGGUGGGCAGCUGGCAGUCACAGAGGUAGCGAAGAGGCCUCUCGUCCAGGACUUACUGAGCCAUGAUGACUGCUACAUACUGGACCAAAAUGGAACCAAGAUCUACGUAUGGAAAGGAAAAGGAGCCACGAAGGUUGAGAAGCAGGCGGCCAUGUCUAAAGCCCUGGGCUUCAUCAAGAGUAAGGGUUACCCCAGCGGCACCAAUGUGGAGACCGUCAAUGAUGGUGCUGAGUCAGCCAUGUUCAAGCAGCUGUUCCAGAAGUGGUCAGUGAAGGACCAGACUGUGGGCCUGGGGAAAACAUUCAGCACUGGCAGAAUCGGUGAGAUUACCCCCAGAUCGUCCUCUCAAUGCUGGGACUCUCUACAAAGGCAGGUACAGAUGCUUCUCACUUACUUGGCUUUUCCCAACCCCCUCCCUGCAGCUACAGUUUUCCAGGAUAAGUUUGAUGUGACACUAUUGCACACCAAGCCAGAGGUAGCUGCCCAGGAAAGAAUGGUCGAUGAUGGCAAUGGAAAAGUUGAGGUCUGGAGAAUUGAGAACCUGGAGCUGGUCCCUGUGGAACAUCAGUGGUAUGGCUUCUUCUAUGGCGGAGACUGCUAUCUGGUUCUUUACACAUACGAGGUGAACAGGAAGCCACAUUACAUCUUGUACAUCUGGCAGGUAGGCCUGGCACAGACUCUCAGCUUUGGGUUCUGGUGCUGCUUCUUCCCACUGGGCCAGGAUGGGGAAGCAGGGUCCAUCACUCCCCUCUCAACACUGCAGGGCCGCCACACCUCCCAGGAUGAGCUGGCAGCCUCAGCAUACCAGGCAGUGGAGGUAGAUCGGCAGUUUGAUGGGGCCGCUGUGCAGGUUCGAGUCAGCAUGGGGAAGGAGCCACGCCAUUUCAUGGCCAUCUUCAAGGGGAAGCUAGUUAUCUUUGAGGGUGGGACUUCCAGGAAGGGAACUGCCGAGCCUGACCCUCCAGUAAGACUUUUCCAGAUUCAAGGAAAUGACAAAUCUAACACCAAAGCAGUGGAGGUUUCAGCCUUUGCCUCCUCCCUAAAUUCCAAUGACGUCUUUCUACUGAAAACUCAGGCGGAGCACUACCUGUGGUAUGGCAAGGGGUCUAGCGGGGACGAGCGGGCAAUGGCUAAGGAACUGGCCGGAUUUCUCUGUGACGGCACCGAGAACACUGUGGCCGAGGGCCAGGAGCCAGCCGAGUUCUGGGACCUAUUGGGAGGGAAAACUCCCUAUGCCAAUGAUAAAAGAUUACAGCAGGAAAUCCUGGAUGUCCAGUCUCGUCUCUUUGAAUGUUCCAAUAAGACUGGCCGGUUCAUUGUCACUGAAAUCACAGACUUCACUCAGGAUGACCUGAACCCAAGUGAUGUGAUGCUCCUAGAUACCUGGGACCAAGUGUUCUUGUGGAUUGGGGCUGAGGCUAAUGCCACAGAGAAGGAGAGGGCCCUUGCUACAGCCCAGGAGUACCUGCACACUCACCCCAGCGGCAGAGACACUGACACACCAAUCCUGAUCAUUACACAGGGGUUUGAGCCCCCCACCUUCACAGGCUGGUUCCUGGCUUGGGACUCUCACAUUUGGAGCGCAGGAAAAUCAUAUGAACAAUUAAAAGAAGAGCUUGGAGAUACUGCUGCUAUCAUGCGGAUCACUGCUGACAUGAAGAACACCACCCUCUCCCUGAAUUCUGACAGUGAGUCAAAAUAUUACCCCAUAGAAAUUCUGCUGAAAAACCAGAAUCAGGAGCUGCCUGAGGAUGUGAACCCUGCUAAAAAGGAGAAUUACCUCUCUGAACAGGACUUUGUGUCUGUGUUUGGCAUCACAAGAGGGCAAUUUGCUGCUCUGCCUGGCUGGAAACAGCUCCAACUGAAGAAAGAAAAGGGGCUUUUCUAAGGCAAGAAGAUAUAUGCCUACUGCAAGACUACAUAAGAGAGGAGAUAGUGCCAAUAUCAGAAAAGAGUUUACCUACCAACUUCUGCCUGAUAUUCAGCUACUUAAUUUAGAUACAAUAAUCUGCAAAUUAUAGCAUGUUCUCCAUUUUUUUCUCAUCCUUGCAUUUCUUGGUUGUUACAUGCCUAAAAUGUUAAUUACUCACUUUUUGGGUCUUGUGGCCUUCUAGCUAAAGCCUCAGGAGAAAGCACUACAACUGCAUGAUGUCUAAAGAAAGGUAACCAAAAAACUAAGCUUAAAUUUAAUACUGUGCCAGGACCUACAUUUGUUUUAAA